AUGUAUUUGUUAAAUACCGUGCCAAAUUACAUAAGCAAGCUGAAACAUUUAAGGUAUCUUGAUCUUAGUGGUAGUGAUAUCAAGGCUCUCCCAAAUUCCAUAAGCAAGUUACAAAAUUUGCGGACUCUAAAACUGAAUAGAUGUUUCCAUCUUGAAGAAUUGCCAAGAGAUAUUAGAAAAUUGGUCAGCCUUAGGCAUCUUGAGUUUGACCAGUGUCUUAAGUUGAACAGCAUGCUGCCAUGGGGAUUGGGCCAGUUGACGUCUCUUUUGACAUUAACAAGGUUUGGAGUGGACUCAAAUAGCCGGUUGAGUGAAUUGCAAAGCCUAAACAAUCUAUGUGGACGCUUAACUAUUGAAAUUCUUGGACGUAGGGACUCAAGUAGCCCCCAGUGUUUGAAAAAUGCAACAGCAAAGGGAGCUGAGGCAACGAACUACUUGGAGGCUAAAAAACACCUGAAGUCGUUGAUAUUAUGUUUUGAUAGGGUUGAUCACGAUGAUGACGAGUUAUUGUUGGAAUCCCUACGUCCACACCUGAAUCUGAAGGAGCUGAAAAUAGAGUAUUAUGGGGGAAUGAGUUUCCCAAGUUGGAUGAUGAUGGUUGACAAAGUUGGCUUAUCACUCCCGAAUCUCAUCAGAAUUACUAUAGACAGCUGUGACAAAUGCAAACAUCUUCCACUAUUUGGGCAACUUCCUUCUCUCCAGUUUCUGUGUCUUUCUUUUAUGUAUUCCUUGGAGUACAUAGACAACAGUAGUACUGGCAGUGAUGGUGAGGUGUCUCUCUCGUCUUUACCCUCUUCUUCAUCUUUAAUAAGGAGAUCAGAGCAAACACCAACACCAACAUUCUUCCCAUCCCUGAAAGAACUCCAACUCCAUCCAAUGCCUAAUUUGAAGGGAUGGUGGAGAGAAGCAGUAGAAGAAGAAGCAACAACAAGUAGUGCAACUCUACUAGACCAACAGAAACAUCAACAACAGCAUUAUUGGCUCCCAUCAUUUCCUUCUCUUUCCAAAUUAAACAUCGAAUAUUGCCCUAAUCUGACAUCAAUGCCUAUUCUGCAACCAUGUCUUGAACAACUACAUCUCGAAAAUGUCAGUAACAAGCUAGUUGAACAACAGUUAAUGAUGACGGUGCCCCCAAUUGCAUCCAAGUCAUCAUCCUCUUCAUCUUCUUCGCUUCUUCAUCUUUCCAAAUUAAAGACUCUAAGUGUUGUCAACAUUCAGGACCUAGUUACUCUGCCAGAGUGUAUAGGCAACCUCACAUCACUUGACCGACUUUUCGUUGGCAAUUGCCCCAAUUUGACAUCAUUGCCCAAAGGAAUGCAACGGCUUGCUGCAUUACAACAACUCACAAUUACAUCAUGCACCGACGUUUUAUAUGAUAGAUGCCAUAAAGAAACCGGGGACGAUUGGCCAAAGAUUGCUCACAUCCGAAAUGUUUAUAUUGCAUAA